AUGGCUAAACAAGCGUCAAUGCCAUUUACAGAAGGUGGACUAUGGAAUACUCGAAGAAGCGAAUUUAGUCCUGAAACAGCGAAAUUAUUGAAAAGUGGGGAAUCGUUGCCAGAAAAUCUAGGGCCUAGUUCAACCCAAAAAAAUCGAAGACCAGUAACUCAAAAUGUUCCCAGACACACAAGCUCACAGCAAACAAGAAUUCGAUCUUAUAAUGACAUUGUGCGUUCUGGAGCUUAUGAAAAAGAAGACUAUCGUCCUCGUCCAAUGAAAGUUCGUACAGAGCAAGAAAAAGAACGUCUCUCUUCGAUAAUGGCUUAUGGGAUAGAUCCUUCUAAAGUGCGAUAUAAUAAUGAGCAGCUACCUGCAAGUCCACCGCCAGAAUUAGAUAGAUUUGACGAACUUGUAAAUGAAAUUGAAGAAAGGAAAACAUUCCUUGAUCAAAUGAUAUCUUUGGGGAAAAAAAAAGAAUAUCAGCAAGUCAUUAGCAACGAGAUAGCAGAGAAAAUUCGAGAAAUGGAAUUAAUUGAUAAGAAACGAACCAAAGACCUAGAACGAAGAUUAAAUGAACAAUAA